ACGUGCCAUCACAUCCACACCUUCCCUUUUCGGCUUCCCCGCGCGAAGUCGGCGCACUUUGCGUCUGUGCCUUGCAGAAACGCUGGAAUUUUUUCGUCAUCCGCGUGAAGAAGCGGGACUUGUCUAGACCGAUGACCGGACGAAAGCUCUCCCAAGCUUGACUUCUACCAUUGACUCACUGCCGUUCACAUCUGCAUAUAUUCUUGACUGGCCACGACUCGAAGUCCUCCAGUUGGCGUACACAUCAGCAUCCCGGACCAGUCACUGCAAGCCGAAGAGAUCAAUUUGCUGUUAGUGGUUUACGGCGAAGAUGUGCCCGGUGCCAGACGGUGAGGCCAAUGGUCACACCAAUGGUGCGAACGGGCAUACGAACGGUGUCUCAAAUGGGACGUCCAAUGGUGACCACAGCGGAUACAGAGCAAUAGAGACACAUCAAGCGUCCCGGCCACAAGCAAGCAACCCAUACGCUCCGGUGCAAGACUACCUCAGCAAUGUGUCCAACUUUAAGAUCAUCGAGUCAACGCUGCGAGAAGGCGAACAAUUCGCGAACGCCUUCUUCGACACCGAAACCAAGAUGAAGAUCGCACGUGCAUUGGAUGAGUUUGGCGUGGACUACAUUGAGCUCACCUCUCCGGCCGCAUCAGAACAGUCGCGCAAGGACUGCGAGGCCAUCGCUAAAAUGGGUUUGAAGGCAAAGACGCUUACGCACGUGCGAUGUAACAUGGAGGAUGCCAAGAUGGCUGUCGCGACGGGUGUCGAUGGUGUAGACGUUGUGAUCGGAACCUCAAGUCACUUGAUGGAGCACAGCCACGGCAAGGACAUGACCUACAUCAAGGAGACUGCACUGGAAGUGAUAGAGUACGUAAAGAGCCAAGGCAAGGAGAUCCGUUUUAGCUCGGAGGACAGCUUCCGGAGUAACCUGGUGGACCUGCUGUCGAUAUACAGCGCCGUGGACAAGAUUGGCGUGAAUCGGGUAGGCAUUGCGGACACAGUUGGCUGCGCCACGCCAAGGCAAGUAUACGACCUUGUCCGAACGCUCCGCGGCGUGGUGAGCUGCGACAUCGAGACUCACUUCCACAAUGACACCGGCUGCGCCAUCGCAAACGCAUAUUGCGCUCUGGAAGCAGGCGCGACCCACAUUGACACUUCCGUAAUUGGCAUCGGCGAGCGCAACGGUAUAACACCCCUAGGUGGCCUCAUGGCUCGCAUGAUCGUCGCCGAUCGCGACUAUGUCAAGUCCAAGUACCGUCUGGAGAAGCUCAAGGAGAUUGAAGACUUGGUCGCCGAAGCCGUCGAGGUCAACGUACCCUUCAACAACCCCAUCACCGGAUUCUGUGCUUUCACGCACAAGGCCGGUAUCCAUGCCAAGGCCAUCCUAAACAACCCAAGCACGUACGAGAUUAUCACACCAAGCGACUUCGGCAUGAGCCGAUAUGUCCACUUCGCCUCGCGACUAACAGGCUGGAACGCCAUCAAGUCCCGAGCCGAGCAGCUGGGUCUUAAUAUGACUGAUGCUCAGAUCAAGGCCGUGACGGUCAAGAUCAAGGCCAUGGCCGAUGUACGACCCCUCGCCAUUGACGACGCUGAUAGCAUCAUCCGGAACUUCCACUUUAACCUGAGCGCAGAGAAGGAGCGACCAUUAUUACAGCUGACGCAGGAGGAGAAGAAGGCGUUUGCAAAGAAGGAGAUGGAGUUGAACGCGGUGAGCGAGAAGAGGGAGUUGGAUGAGGAGGCCGAGGCGGAUGCUGAAGUGGAGAAGCCGGCUGUUAAGAAGGGUCGAAUUGCUGCUGCUUCAUAGCGCGCCUCAAGUCGUUCUUGCUCACCAGUCUCCGGCGUAAUGGCGUGGUGGUGCCGUUGAAGGAAUUUGCGGGUUUGGUAGGCACCUUGUGCGCUUCCUAACAAAAGCGACGCAAGCAAUGUGAAGCUUGCACGGGGGCAGUAUGCUUUGCUACCAUUUGUAAGUCGACGUGCAAAGCGCAGCCCCAUUGGCCAC